GAGGAGCUAAACACGCAGGGCGACAAGUGACACAAGACGCACACCGGAAAUGUACAGCAGUACUUUCUAGAAUCUAUCGGCAGGCUAUAGCUAGCUUCUACCAAGUCUUUAUUGUCUUAUUACUGUAAGGCAAAAACAAAAACUUUCCAGCUUUAAAAAUAAACUUAAGAGUUUAGCAUCUAUUUCCCCGAUUUAUAAUUACCUGCCUUCGCUGUUUUAGCGUAUCCCGCUAGCCUCCAAGCUAACGCUACCUGCCUGGAGAUUGUUCAGUCAUGUCCGGAAUAGACUACAGCGUGUGGGACCACAUUGAGGUGUCGGACGAUGAAGAUGACAUCCACCCAAACAUCGACACACCGAGCCUCUUCAGGUGGAGACACCAGGCCCGUGUGGAGCGAAUGGAAGAAUUCCAGCAGAAAACGCAAGACCUAAACAAGGGACUCUCGGAGUGCCGUCGCAAAGUGUCUGAAGUGCAAAAGAAAAUCCAGGAGCUGAGCCUGUCGGCGGCGGACGACAACAAGGCCGACCUGAGCAAAGUGCAGGCGGAGGAGAAGAAAUUGAAGAAGGAGCAGCGAGACUGGGAGCGGAAACUUGAAGAUCACUGCCGGGAAGAGAAGAAGAUGCCGUGGAACGUGGACACACUCAGCGAACCAGGCUUCAGCAAGAGCGUCAUCAACGUUAAACCCGAAGUGGAGGAGGAGUCCGAAGAGGACAAGGAGAAGAAGCACAAAACCUUUGUGGAAAAAUACGAGAAGCAGAUCAAACACUUUGGCAUGCUGGGGCGCUGGGGUGACAGCCAGAAAUUCUUGUCUGACAACCCUCAUCUGGUGUGCGAGGAGACCGCCAACUACCUGGUCAUUAUGUGCAUCGACCUUGAAGUGGACGAGAAACAUGCAUUGAUGGAGCAAGUGGCUCAUCAAACCAUCAUCAUGCAGUUCAUUCUGGAGUUGGCAAAAAGCCUCAAGGUGGACCCCCGAGGUUGCUUUCGUCAGUUUUUCACCAAGAUCAAGACAUCGGAUCAGCAGUAUCAGGACGCGUUCAACGACGAGCUGGAGUCUUUCAAAGAGCGCGUACGCGGCAGGGCCAAGAUCCGCAUCGAGAAGGCCAUGAAGGAGUACGAGGAGGAGGAACGACAGAAGCGCUCGGGACCAGGAGGUCUCGAUCCUGUUGACGUGUACGAGACUUUACCAGAGGAGAUGCAGAAAUGCUUUGAUGACAAGGACAUCCAAAUGUUGCAAGAUGUUAUUAGCAAGAUGGAUCCGACGGAUGCCAAACUGCACAUGAAGCGUUGCAUCGACGCCGGUCUUUGGUUGCCCAACUCCAAGCCAGACGACGGGGACGACAAGGAGGAAGACGCCACAUACGAGGACGCACAAGAGGAGCCGGAAGAAGCCAAGAAGGACUGACCAACAGGGAGAUCGUUUGUGUGCGCGAAUGUACUUAACCCGCUGCGAACCCACGGCAACCCCAUUAGGUGUGCGACUAGUUUGCCAUGUGAGAAAAACAAUGAGCAAGACACGCAUAUCGAGCUUACCAGAAAAGGAUUGGCUGUCACGUAACUCCUCCAUUAUUGUUAAAUCCUGCUUGGGGAAAUAACUACAGCUUGUCUAUUGAGGUCUUUUUCUUUGACAUAACUAUGUGGACACAAAUUAUUCUGUACGUUUGAGUAUUAUUAUUGUUUACUUUAUUUUGCCCGCAAUCACAUUAGGUUUUUAAAAAAUUUUUUUUUUUUUUUUUUUUUUUAAAUGUAGGCUUUCAUCAAUCACUGUAAUCUGGUUGUAAUUUCCCACAGAUUAUCUAUAAACUUUUAAAAGUUUACCCAAAUUCUUGAGCCCCUGUUUUCUUUUUUUCUUUUUUGCAUGUAGCAAAUAGGUUUGUAUAUUCCAUGUCACAAACAAUGUUUCCCAUAGGAAAUAAUUGAAAGUGAAUGAAUGUGUUUCUCUUUAUUAACAAUACAGGCACUUUUAAGUGACAUUUUAUAAUCUUUUACGCUAUUUUGUCUCUCGCCGAAAUUAGCCCGUUUCAAGGGGAUAGCCCUGUCUAAUUCAAGAGCGGCCCAUAUACUGCUGGGCCAAUGGCAAGCCUGGCUUUUGUUGGCAUGAUGACCAGGGGCGUAGCCUUGACAACUUGACUUGGGGAAGCAGAGCCCAUAGUGGGGGGGAAAAAGCGAGCAUACAGACAGUAAAAGGAUUUUCACUGGUGGAGGCAGUACUUCGCUGUGUGUUUGUGACGCAUGGAAGGGCGGAUCACCAAACGCAAAUCCCCCAUCGCCAAGUAAUCAAGAAUAUGCCUCGUUUAUUGUACUGAGCGGCCUUUGCCUUCAUUCUGUUUCACUCUACCAGUUCUGUUUAUCACUUUUGCACUUUGCCAUCCAAGCCAAAAACACACAAAGAACAUAAAAACAAAAAAUAAUUCAUAAUCCUGUAACUGGUCAUUGAAGUAUUGUCAAAGUACAAAGGUUUUUGUUUACUUGCAUUGAUCCAUACGGCCUUGCAUCAAUCAUUCUGUAAGGGAUGGCACAGGGCCAGAGAUGACAGGUGUGGCUGGUUCCCCUUUUGAUUCAAGUGAGCCUUCAUCGUGUAGGUUACUGUAGUUACCACCAUUUAGCAAAUCAACACAUUCUAAAUACAAACACCUUUUGUUGAAAUAAUUUUGAAACCCUCUGGUAAACAUAAGUCAAACAAAUCCACUAUAGGAUAACCGAUAAAGGAUAAUUCCAGGAUAUUUUCAGUUUUGUGUUAUCACAGACAUUUUAAGUAGUUGUAAUUAUGCACUAAGGUUGUCUCUCAACAUAACACAAACCUGUUACGAAAAUCCUUUUAGUCAUCAAGAGGAAGAGAAAUAAAAAAGUGAGUCACAUGACUCCGUGGCCAUUACGUAAAGGUAAUGAAUUGCUUUGCCCAGGGGUGUACCAAAGGUAAGUCGUCUCCUAUUUUUAUGGUGUUCAACUGUAUUGGAGUGUCACUCAAACUAAAAUCAACCUGUUACUAAUAUACAUUCAUUCAUUCAUCUUCCAUUCCGCUUAUCCUCACUAGGGUAGCGGGCCUGCUGGAGCCUAUCCCAGCAUUCUUCGGGCGAGAGGCGGGGUACACCCUCAACUGGUUGCCAGCCAAUCGCAGGGCACAUAGAAACAAACAACCAUUUACGCACACAGUCACACCUAACGGGCAAUUUAGAUUCGUUAAUCAACCUACCAUGCAUGUUUUUAGGAUGUGGGAGGAAACCGGAGUAUCCAGAGAAAACCCACGCAGGCACGGGAGAACAUGCAAACUCCACACAGGCGGGGGCAGGAUUUGAACCCCGGUCUUCAGAACUGUGAGGCCUACUCAGUGAUUGGGAAAAUAAGUAUUAAAGUUUUUUUUUUUAAAUUAUUAUUAUGCUGUUUGUUCUUCACCAAUUUGCAUAGCAGCUAACUGUUUACAUGUACUACUGUAAAAAAAAUAAUAAAAUCUACAGCAUGGCUCUUCAACUCCUGUUAUUGUAAUUACAGUAUAAUUAGUAUUCACUUAAAAUGUAAAUAUUUAAUUGUAAAGGACAUUUUUAAAUCUUUUUCGAUUACUUAAGAGUUUUGGUAAACAGCAAAAUAUGACCAAAAAAAAUUCAUAAAAAGUGCACUAUUGAAGGUUGACCUGGAUGAAUUGUACUAUGAUUAUUUUUUUUUGGGCCAGGUUUUCUUGAAAAGAUGAAUUAUAAAGGGUCCGUUUUUUCAAAAAUUGCUGGUGCCUCAAUUGCCUGACAAUUUUGCAUCCACCGCACAGUACCAUCUCCAGGCAUCUCCAUUGAUAAACUAAGGAAAUCCUCCCUCCCUUGUGCUAUGCAGAUUUUUAAUUCCACUCCGGGAGAAAAACACUAAUGUUAUACCCUCUGUGCUGUCAACAUUUAGUACAUUGUUCACAUCUGACCUUUCAGACUGCACUGGAAAUGUAACUGUUGUUAUUAUUAUUUUUAAAAAGACUACAGAUUGCUGUUCUUUCUUGUUUUAAUAUUAGUAAUAUGCCAUGCCUGCCUUGUUUUGUUUUCAUUGUGAAGACUACAGGAACAGUGUUUUUUUCCCUUCAAAGUAUAUCUUGUAAUACUUUGUGUAUUUUUUUUAACAUGGUGUACUUUUUUCCCCCACAUUAAUAAUUAAUGAAAAACAAAAAUUAUCUGCAAACAAUCAACCAUUCCAGUUCAGUUACAUCAUUGUAAACAAAAACAUCAAAAUUCAAAUAAACUAAUACACAAUGA